AUGCAUUUCAGGAACCCAACUUCAAGAAGCAACCAGUUUAAGAUGUUGAGAGGUGAAGGAAGCAAGGCAGCGUUCAGAAAGAGGGAGAUAACAAGAGGAGCAAGGAGAAUGCUUAAGACACUAACCAAGGAAGAUGAGGAAGAGAUUGAGAGAUUGAGGGAAGAGAGAAGGACCAAGAGGAGGAAUGACCCAAUCAGCAGUGAGAGUGAAUUGGGAGAGUUCGAGAUUGGCGUGUACACUCCAAGGGAAGAGAGUGAUGAGUCUGAGAGUGAAGAGGAAGGAGAAGAAGUGAAUUAG